AUGGUUCAGAUCCCGGGAAACGGCGGCGUUAUCUUGAAAACGCCAUGCAACGUCUCGGCGGGAGAUGAAAGAGCGAGUUGCAAUGUACAGAGAGAUCUGAUUCGACUCGGACGCGUUUGCCGCGGAAGCUUUAAAGCUUUGUCUAUCGUCACUGUCCGGUUAAAUCUAAGAUUAGUUAAUUACUAUUGCCGUUACGACACCGUUUCUUCUGGGUUGUCUUUAACGGCUUCUUUGACUGCGACAUCUGACUCCAUUCGAGGACUUUCUAGCUUCCACCUAGGCCUCAUCAUUUGGCCCGCGGGUUCAUGGGCAGAUGGGGGCCCACCCGGCUCAUUGGAAAAAAGUUCGGUCUGGCCCGGCCCGGCUUGUUAUGGACUUUGA